AUGCUGAGCCCCAUGGACGGCUUUGCACAUAUUCAGAAGGCAUUCAUAGCAUUAACUGUAGAUGCCGGCAGGAGGGAUUGCAUUACAUCCUUUAUCAGCGAUUUCGCAAAAGGGGCGGUGAGCGGGCCUUUUGCCCUUCCACCGGCCCCCGGGGUGCGAGCGUCCGGCCGCUCGAGGUCUUCUACGCCGCCCGCCACACCCAAACCUUUCCCUCUUCACCCCAUGCGCAACGUCCUAGUGCAACUUCAAACUCCCCAACCACCACCACACCAAUCUCCAAUAACAAACCAAACCAUGAAGGGCUUCAUAACCUGGCUCAUGAGCGUGCCUUGGGGCGACUGGGUCGGUGUCGCCAUGGCCAUCACCCUUGGCAGCGGCGUCGUCAUCGGCGCGCUCACUUACCUGUGGCUCUGGUGCCGCGAGCGCCGCCGCAUGAACUUGCCUCGGCAGCACAGCUUCGCGCUGCAGAACCUCGCGUCUGCCGCCGCCGCCGCCGCUCAGGGCCUGGCUGUCCUUGGUGGCGCUGCUGCUGCUGCGACUCCGGCUGCUGCGACUCCCGCUGCUAGUGCUCCGGCUCCCGCCGCUGCGCCCACUGCUGCUGCUACUGCUCCUGCUUCUCCCGCGGCCCCGGCUCCUUCUCCCGCUGAGGCGAUGGAGCAUGCCGUCUCCACGGUUUAGGUAAGUUUUGUUUCCUGAAUCCUUACAUCACUUGAGCGAGAUUGACUGCACUAGGGCUACCAGG